CUUGUAAACACAUACAACAAAUCAGAACUCAGAAAAAAAUAAUACUACUAAUGAGAAAAGACCAUGUCACUAAUCACAAGCUAGUCUCUUCUACUCUGUAGUCAACACUAAACACUGAGCUUAGGAAAAAGCAGAAAGAAAGAAAGGCUCCAAAACCAAGAAUCUAACAAUCCUAACGCUGCUCUAUAACCCAAGAACCAAGAAAAAGGAAUUAUCAGCGAAUGGGUUUCACCAUGGGUCUAAACCUCCUUCUUCUCUUAGCCAUGGUAGCUACUAACAUUCUCUCUCUUUACCACCUCACUUCUCCUACUCUUCAAUCUCCAAAACCUCCACAGCCUCCUCUAUUACAAGUCCCUGAUCAUCUACUUCACCAAUUACAAACCAUACGCGCCACCAUCAACCACCUCACGCGCCACCAACCACCCACCACCUCCGAUCCCACAACCGCCACCACAAUCCCUCCAGAUCUCCUCCUUUAUUCAAAACUCUCACCUAUAGCAUCUUCUUGUCAUAACCACCCUGACCUUUUACAUAAAUACAUGACUUACACUCCUUUCUCUCUUUGUCCUCUUGAUUCUGAUAAUCUCGCUGAAUCUUUAAUCCUCCGUGGCUGCCACCCUCUUCCUCGCCGGAGAUGCUUCUCUAAAACCCCAUCAAAACCUCCUUCUUCUUUACCGCACAACCCUUUUCCUUCUUCAUUUCUCGAUUCUAAUGUACUGUGGGAAAAGUACCCUUCUUGCAGAUCUUUUUCUUGUCUUGUUAAAGAAAAUUCCAAUCUUGGUUUUGAUAUUAAUACUGAGAUCUCUAAAUUUAUGACUUAUAAAACUGAAUUAGAUCUCCCAAUUCCACAACUUUUACAAGUUGCUAAAUCAGCUAGUUCUGUUAUCAGACUUGGUGUUGAUAUCGGUGGUGGUACUGGUACUUUUGCAGCAAGAAUGAAGAUGUAUAAUGUAACCGUCGUUACUACUACUAUGAAUUUUAAUGUCCCUAAUAAUGAAGUUGUCGCAAUGAGAGGUUUAGUGCCACUUCAUGUGCCAUUGCAGCAAAGGUUGCCCAUGUUUGAUGGGGUUGUGGAUCUGGUUAGGUGUGGACGUGCUGUGAAUAGGUGGAUACCUCUGAAAAUGAUGGAGUUUUUGUUGUUUGAUGUGGAUAGAGUGUUGAGAGGUGGUGGGUAUUUGUGGUUGGAUCAUUUUUUCAGUAAAAGAGCGGAUCUUGAUAAGAUUUAUGGUCCUUUGAUUGGUAAAUUGGGUUAUAAGAAGGUGAAAUGGGCAGUUGGGAAUAAGACUGAUUCUAGUGGGAUCAAGAAUGGAGAGGUUUAUUUGACUGCUCUUCUGCAGAAACCUGUAUCAAGAUGAGAAUUCAUCUGUUGGACUUAAGGCACAUAUCUGACAUCUCUAGCUUGGCCGAGCAACACUGCAGAGUACCCAGUUCAGAACUAGAUGCCCCUCAGAUAGAAAGAUGCGGUCCUUAAACUUAGCAAUGAAGCAACCUACUCAUUGCUGGGAAAGUAUAUAAAGCGGCAGGUGUCGUUGUUGUAAAGAUUGUGGAAUUGGGAUGGGGGGAAAUAAUCAUAGCCGCGGCGAGGGUGCAAAAUUGGCAAGCGAAUUAAUAGAACUGAUUAAGUUGAUUGAUUUUAAUUGUUUUUUGUAUUCACACUUGUGUUAUUUGAUAAAGCUAUUUUAGAAAUAAAUCAGCAGAACAAGGAUAUGCCUUUUCCUGUU